AUGAAUGGCCGCCAUGAUAUGGUAAAGUCGUUGAUUGAGGCAGGAGCGGCUAUGAAUAUUCUGGACGCAUCUGGAAACACGCCGCUACUCUGGGCUUCAUACAAGGGGCAUAUGAGAGUCGUUGAGUAUCUAUGGGAAGACACGAAUCAAAAGCUGCGAGACAAUGACGGCAGGACUGCCUUGCAUCUAGCAGCGACAGCGGGAAUGGAGGAAGUAGUACGGUGGCUCAUUGACAUGGGUGCCGAUAAGGAGGCCAAGAACCGCGCUGGUAAGACGCCGCUGUACUAUGCCGCUAGGAAUGGGCAUGAGGCCGUCGUGGGGAUGCUCGAAUAA